CUUGUAUUGUUGGCUUCCUCUGCCUUUCAGCCGUAGACACGAAAAAACUGUAACUGCCACAAAGCCAUCCGAGGUCCUGUCGCAGAGAUCUAAGUGUGUGCAGCAGCCAAUGCUUACAUGAAGAAAAUACUGGUGAUGAAACAUGGAGGAUUUCAGACGGAUGUAUCUGCGUAUUUGUAAGGAGGGAGGUGUGGAGCCCCAGGAGACAGUUGUGUCCCAGCUCCAGGACAGAGGGUCCAGUCAUGGCUCAAAGCUGGACCUGAGCGGCCAAAGCCUGUCCACAGACACCUGUUCUGUCCUGUCCAGGACUCUGCUGAAGGACACUGUGUUCACUGAGGUGUCCUUCAGUGACUGUAUGCUCAGCGAAGAAGGUGCCAAAGUUCUUCUGUCUGGACUGGUUGAUAAUAGAACUGUGAAAGUCCUGGAUCUGAAGGGGAAUAACCUGAGGUCAACUGGGGCUGAAGUUCUGGGAAAGUUGUUGGCACGGAACAACACUCUGCGUAGGUUGGUGUUGGAGUGGAACGCCCUGGGGGUGUGGGACGAGGCCUUCUCUCUGUUUUGUGAUGGUCUGUCCUCUAACAGUGCCCUCGUCCACCUCGACCUGCGCAACAAUCAGAUCAACCACAACGGAGCGGCCGAGCUGGCGCUGGCGCUCAAACGCAACAGCAGCCUCCAAGUGUUAGAUCUACGGUGGAACAACAUUGGUCUUUUGGGAGGACGCUCUCUGCUGGAGGCUCUGCAGAAGAACAAGAGCAUCGUCCAACUGGAGAUGGCAGGAAACAACAUCCCCAGUGACACCCUCAAAGCCCUGGAACAGACCACAGGACAUAACUGUGAGAAUCAGUUCACCCUCAGAGAGAGUCAGAGCCGGACCCAGGUCCUCAGUAAAGAGAUCCAGAGCCUGAAGGAGGAGAAGGGACGCCAGUUCCUUGGUUUGUUGGAGACCAUCGACCGACAGAAGGAGGAGAUGGGACGCUCCAACAGGUCAACGUCCAUUCAGAUCAGCCAACUGCAGGAAGCGCUGAACGACAGGAAGUCAGCUGUCAACUCUCUCACCGCCAAAUUGCAGAUGGUGGAGGCUGCCCUCGCCCUCUCUGAGCAGAAAAACCACAACAUGGGAGAACUACUGACACGAGUAAAGACAGUGAGAGAAGACCAGAGGCAACAACACAACAGAGACAGGAAGAGAGAGCAAGAGGAAAGUGCACUAAGAGAAGGAAAACUCCUCAGAGAGCUUCAGAAUCUGACAGAAACCAACAACCAGCUUCGGAGUAAGGUGGAGGAGGUGGAAUGCAGGUGCAAGUCUCACCAGCAGCAGAUUUUUGAGCUGAAGCGAGAACUGACGAACAGUACGGCUGAGCUGAAGUUACGACUCGCUCAAACUGAAGAUCAUCUGGAAAUAGAAAAGCGCCGCUCAAAGCAAGCCCUGGACGACAUGGACACACUGCGUCACAAAGAGGUUGAGCAUAUGAAUCGCCAUCUACAGGAGAGUGAGAGAGCUUUGCAGGAGCGAAUCUUCAAACUGGAGGGGCAGCGAAUUCAACUGGAGGAGGAGCUGAGCAAAGCAAAAGCAGCCUGUGUGACAGAACGAGCCCAGGCCGAUGGGGAGCUGGGACGAGUCCGGGCUCAAGUCCGUUUGGAAGAGCAGGAGCAUGUGUCGUCAUUGGAGGAGAAGCUUCGUUCUGUGCGUUCUUCGUUGCAGGAGGUCCAGCUCCACUCGACACAGCAGAAACAGAUCAUCUCUGAGCUGCAGAACAAGAACAGCCUGCACAGCAAGGAGAUGGAUGCACUGCGGAGGAGGAUAGAGGAGCUACAGCAGGAUCUGUCGGGGAAGGACCAGGAGAAAGUGGCCGAGGUGAGUCGAGUCAGAGUGGAGCUGCAGGAGCAGAUCGGACAUUUACAGGCCGAGAGGACAGCCCAGGGAGGACUGAGAGAGAAGAUCAGCGCCCUGGAGAGGGAGCUCAAAGUACUGAGCAGUAACCACAGGGAGGCACUGCUGGACAAAGACAGUCAGAUGGCGUCUUUACUGGAGAAGCUGCGACUCCGGGACGCAGAGAUCCAGAGGAUGAGGGAGGACGAGGCCCACAGAGCCAGCUACCUGCAGAGCGCCAUCCUCACAUACGUCCAGGGCUCGCCUCUGGGACAGUACAGCCCCAAGAAAUGACACCAGAAUACCCACAAUCCUCCACACUCCCCUACACAAGUAUACAGGAAGUAGAAUCAUAGAACAGGACCUGCUGUGUAAAGCCUGUCUGCUUUCACUCUUACACACAGAUGUCAAACUCGCUUUCGUUUCGCUUCCACAUUCAGUCCAAUAUGAUCUCAAGUGGGUCAGACCAGUAAAAUAAUAACAUAAUAAUAACCUAUAAAUAAUGACAACUCCAAAAUUUCUGUUUUACAGUGAAAAAAGUCCAAUUCCUUUAUCAAAAUAUUCACAUCUACAAACUAUCCUUUAAAAAAAAUGUGAACAACCUGAUAUUUCAUAUGAAAGAGAAGUGCAAUUACAACAAUAUUGUGUCUCAGCUCAAUUUACAAAUACACAAAACCUUUAGUAACAGGCAGAAUAUUGUGAUUAUUUUUCUUUAGACAUUUCAGGUUGUACAUGGUUGUUCAUGUACUUUUUUAGACUAAAACAAAGCGAUUUGGAGUAAUUAUUGGAGUUAUCAGUAUACAUUAUGUUAUUAUUGGACUGUAUGUGACCCUGAACUAAAAUGAUUUUGACAUCCAUACUUGUUCAUGUUCUUUAUUUAUUUAUUUAUUUAUUUAUUUAUUUUUUAAUUGACAUUCAGUAUCAGACAUUCACAUUCAGUACAUCACAUGUACGUAUAGCAUACAUUUGUUGUUCGCUCUAAAUGCCAGAACAAUAUUUUUUGUUAUAUGUCAAGUAACCAAAUUUUGGAAGAGGAUUAGGGCCACUGGUGAAAAAACAAAAAAGGUCAAAAACAAUUUUUUUUCAAUUAUUAUUCUGAGAAAAAAGUCAGAAUUCUGAGAUUGAAGUCAG